CUCAACUCCUCGUCACACUUCGUACGACCAACAUGAGGUUUCUCCUGCUAACAGUGCUGUGUUCGGUGGCAGCGUUAACAGCAGCCAUUGAAAAAUCAAAAAGAGACAUUUUACCUGGUGAUUUACGUUACGGAACUGAUUAUCAUAAUCAUCAUCAUCAUCAUCAGGAGAACGAGUUAGAAGUAUCUAGAUCUCUCGGUGGCUAUGUUGGUUCUUACAGUGUUUCGAACGAUGAAUUAAAACAGAGUUACGGACCGCCUAAUUAUCAACCCGGCAAACCAUUGAGCACAGAGCAGCAUACGACAGUUGUAAAAAAUAAUCCUCAAGUUCCAAUACCUAGUUAUGGAAUUCCCGAGGUUAAUCAAGUCCAAACACUCAACAAACAAUACUUAUCACCUGUUGUCGAUGCAGCUAAGAAGGUACAAUCGAAAACUCUUACGACUUUUACAAAACCAGUCGAGACGACUCUAUCGCAAAAAGAAACCGUAGAUUAUUUAGCUCCUUCGGUCAAAGCUCCGGUUACUUCCUAUGGAGAUCCCGUAACUACCGUCGAAAUUAAAACAGCAGGAAACCUUCAAGAGUCAACUUCGUACGGGGUUCCAGCGGUGAAGACUUCGGCUGUACCAUUGCUCGAUACCAAAGUGGAACAGACAGUACUACCAAAAGUCCAUGAUCAUUUAGAGGAAACAAAGACCGUUCACGAAACUCAAGUGAAAACUCAGCUGACCGUACCACAAGUUUCAGAUGUAGCACAUCAAACUCCAGUGGUAGACUCCAGUUUACUCCUUCCGGUAAAUGAUCUUCCUACGCCUGUCAACACCAACACUGAUUUCUCCAAGUUGGUACCUUUGACAGUUGACCAAUCGAGCACGUUCGUUGAUCAUCCUGACUUCGACACAGCUUAUCAAUUUAAUCUUCGAAACAGUGGUAGCCUUGGUAAUCAACAGAAAUUAUUGAACGUCCAAUUACCUAAUCCAUAUGUUAGUCCAUAUACUUAUGGUGUUUCUUACCAAUUCCCACAUUCCUUAUACACCUCGCAAGUACAUCAACCUCUACCUUCUCAGUUAAAUAACUUGGUUCCUUAUCCAUUAGCAGGUAACAAUCAUUUAUUUACAAAUAACGUCAAAGUUAAAGAACCUGGAUCAAUCGGUACAUUCUUCCAAGAAACUUUCUCAAAUCUUCAAUUCCCUCAAUUUCCACAACUACCACAAUUACCGCAAUUACCACAAUUUCCAAAUCUUGGGUCAUUUUUCCAAUUACCAACUCCAGCUCCGACUCCAGUUCCAGAAAAUCUCGAUGUUGUCGAAGGAAAGAAAGUAGAGCCAACCGAUCGUUUGUUUGACAGCAAACCAGUUGCUCUUGAUACUUCGUUGACAAAGACAAGCACGGUUGUUACCAAAACGUCAAAUGAAUAUACUCAACCCGUUGACGAAAAUGGUGCAUACGUCUAUUAAAAAUUUCUCUUAUUUAAUUUUUCCAUCGAAAAUUAAUAUAAGGACGAUUUCAAUGAAAUACAAGUUUGUUCUAGAUAUGAUCAUAGGAUGAUCUGCUAAAUUUAUGUCCAUAAAAUAAAAUAUAGGAAUACCGAUUUUUAUUUUAUGAAUAUAAUACGCAGAAUAUACCACGCAUCGUAGAUUUUAUAAGUAAAUAAAUUCCUUUUAUUACAAA